AUGGUGACGUUAAUGAAGACGAGGGGUCUGCGCAUGACGGCGCAGAAGCAAGAGACACUUUUGAAACUAACUGUGCUUUCCUUAGCAGCAAUUUUAUCCUUUGCAACGCGUUUGUUCUCGGUACUAAGAUUUGAAAGUGUCAUUCAUGAAUUCGAUCCGUACUUCAAUUAUCGCACUACAAAGUAUUUAGCUGAAAAUGGGUUCUACAGCUUCCACAAUUGGUUCGACGAUCGCGUUUGGUAUCCGCUUGGCAGGAUAAUAGGAGGAACUAUAUAUCCUGGUUUGAUGAUAACUUCAGCAGCAUUGUAUCGUAUUUCAUGGUUACUGAAUAUCACGCUAGAUAUACGCAACAUUUGUGUCUUCCUUGCUCCAUUGUUUUCAAGUUUAACAACAAUUAUCACCUAUCUGCUUACCAAAGAAUUAAAGGAUUCCGCAUCAGGUUUAUUCGCAGCCGCAAUGAUCGCAAUUGUACCUGGUUAUAUAUCUCGGUCAGUUGCAGGUUCUUAUGAUAAUGAAGGCAUAGCGAUCUUUUGUAUGCUAUUCACAUACUACAUGUGGAUUAAAGCUGUGAAAACAGGAGCGAUAUGUUGGUCCACGUGCGCUGCAUUGGCCUACUUCUAUAUGGUGUCUUCGUGGGGCGGAUAUGUCUUUCUGAUUAAUUUGAUUCCGUUGCACGUGCUGACGUUGAUGGUGACUGGCAGAUUUUCCCACAGGAUAUACAUCGCGUACAGCAUUUUGUAUUGCUUAGGAACCAUUUUGUCUAUGCAGAUCUCAUUUGUCGGUUUUCAACCAGUUCAGAGUUCCGAGCACAUGCUUGCAUUGGGCGUUUUCGGCCUUUGUCAAAUACACGCAUUAGUCGAUUAUUUGCGGAGUAAAUUGUCCCAAAAAGAGUUUGAGAUAUUAUUCCGUGCUCUGCUUGCUGUAGUGGUUACAGCGUCGUGCCUAGUCGGUGGUAUUUUAACCAUCACAGGAAAAAUAUCACCAUGGACUGGACGCUUUUAUUCUCUGCUCGAUCCAUCUUAUGCAAAAAAUCAUAUUCCAAUAAUUGCUUCAGUUUCGGAACAUCAGCCAACAUCGUGGAGUUCCUUCUACUUUGAUCUGCAAAUACUUGUAUUUUUGUUCCCAUCAGGCUUAUACUUCUGUUUCUCUAAAUUAACAGACUCGAACAUUUUCUUAAUUUUGUAUGGGGUUACCAGUUUAUAUUUUGCAGGAGUGAUGGUACGUUUGAUGUUAGUACUUGCUCCAGUAAUGUGUAUUUUGGGUGGAAUUGGGGCAUCUUCUCUAUUAGUUACUUACAUGAAGCAAGUUGAAAGUGGAAAAGUUGUCGAUAAGAAAGCCAAGAAAUUUGAAAAUAAUUAUAUCUUGAGGAGUGAGAUUGCCUCAUUUUUCAUCGUAGUAAUGUCUAUACUCUUCCUGUCUUAUACCUUUCACUGCACGUGGGUUACAGCAGAAGCUUAUAGCUCGCCUAGUAUUGUAUUGUCUGCACGGUCACCUGACGGUGGACGGAUGAUUUUUGACGAUUUUAGAGAAGCAUAUUACUGGCUGCGUAUGAAUACACCUGAGAAUGCUAAAAUAAUGUCUUGGUGGGAUUAUGGGUAUCAGAUAACUGCGAUGGCAAAUCGUACUAUUUUAGUAGACAAUAACACAUGGAAUAAUACGCACAUAUCAAGAGUCGGCCAGGCAAUGGCUAGUUCUGAAGAAAAGGCUUACGAGAUUAUGAGAGAAUUAGAUGUCAACUAUGUCCUUGUGAUUUUUGGAGGACUUACUGGCUACUCAUCAGAUGAUAUAAAUAAGUUCCUAUGGAUGGUGCGCAUUGGUGGCAGUACAGAAAAAGGGAAAUCCAUAACCGAGUGGGAUUAUUAUAAUUCCGCGGGCGAAUUUCGAGUGGAUAAAGAAGGAUCUCCAAUUUUGCUCAAUUGUCUCAUGUACAAAAUGUGCUAUUACAGAUUUGGCCAAGUCUACACUGAAGGCGGUAAACCUUCAGGUUACGACAGAGUAAGGAACAUGGAGAUUGGAAACAAGGAUUUUGAAUUGAAUACAUUGGAGGAAGCAUAUACGACGGAACAUUGGCUUGUACGAAUUUAUAAAGUGAAAGAUCUACGAAACAGGGGGGUUUAAAGUAUUCUGAUACCGGCAUUUGCAUAGAUAAAAAUCUAUUGCCAUAACGUUAUAAAUCUUUUGAUAUUAAUGUUCACUUAUGUAUGAGUUUCGCGACAGUCACUGCGGAAAUUAAUACAAAUACAUGUAUUAUUUCUCCUUGCAUUGUAACUGAAAUUUUUAUAAACGAAAUGUCGUGAAGAUGAAGAAAAUAGCAUAAAUAUAAAUAUCGCUAUGCGCAAUUUAUUAGAAUUUUGAAAAAUAUACGUUUAGCAUAUAUUUCGGCGGCGUCCUUAAAAAUCAUACAUAAUAUUAUGGAUAACAUGACUAUUAGAAUACUACAUUUAUUCAUGAACAAAUUUAGCAUAUGCCUGCUUUAAAUAUAGAAGAGAGCGUUUCUCUAUAAUAAAUAUUUCGCAUUCAGUGCGCUAUAUAUUAUCGAAUGAUUAUAUCGUCUAAAGUAUCUUCGUUAUCUACGAAUGAAUUAUGUUCGAAAUGAAUAUGUUAAAAAGUUUAUAUUAUAUUUAUAAUAAUUUCUCAUGGAAACAGGUAUAGUCAGGAAUAUUUAAAUUAUAUUGAAGCGCUAAGUAAAUACAGUUAUGUUAUAUUUACCCAAUUAAUCAUACAUUACAGCCUAAAUAUAUCGAAAUAUAAAUGAAGCAAUGCAAUUAGAUUGCAUUGUUUAAGCCAAUUGAAAUGUAUAAACAUAAAAAAGGAAUACAAGUAGGAGGCAUGUGUUUUA